GUGGAUAAAAUAGUAUUAUUCUAUUAUUAUAAAGUACGUCAUACGUGUUAAAACCGGGGCAACCCGAAUAGCAAAAGGAUCGGACCGAAUUACCCGAAUAAUUCAAUUUUUAUUUCUGCGGGUAAUUUGAAUGUUUGUUUCAGUGUCAGUCAGCAUUCCCAAAAUUCAAACCCUAACAAAUUGGAUCAAUCUUUUACCUCAAAUCACAUACACUAGCAAAAAAUUCUUACAUUUAUAAUAUCUCCAUUCUUUUUUUUUUUUUUUUGGUAAUUGGAAGCUGGGAAAAGGAAGAAACUUUCCAAUUUCUUGUGUUUUACUCAGGUUGAACUGGAAAAAUGUUGAUGGGACAUGCAGAACGAAUUCCAAAACUCGGCUCAUCCGAAGAGUUACUUCUUUCUGACCCUGUAUCAGGGUCAGAUAGUGAUGAAGAAGCUGAUACUCCUGAGAAGAUGCUAUAUAUGGCUUCUUUUAAUGAACUUGGAGCAGAAAGUGUUCAGUAUGAUACUAUAAUAUGGAUCUCUAUAUCAUUGCUGCUGGUUUUAGCUUGCGGAAUUGGAAUUCUUAUGUUACUCUAUCUGCCCAUACGAAGAUAUGUGCUUAAAAAGGAAAUUUCAUCACGCAAACUUUAUGUUACUUCAGAUGAAAUAGUUUACAAGGUGUCAAGACCUUCAUUCGUACCAUUUUGGGACGAUGUAAAAUUUGAAAAGCAUGUUCCUCUUCCUUUAGUGCUAGAUAUCAUUAUUGAGCAAGGUUGCUUGCAGUCAAUGUUUGGACUACACACAUUCAGAGUUGAAAGUAUAGCACGUGGAAAAGCUGCACCAGUUGAUGAAAUACAGGUGCAAGGUGUGCAUAAUCCUGGAAUCCUACGGAAGGUCAUUGUAACUGAAGCAUCAAAGGUCAUACAUGUUGGAAGGAGUUGGAGACCUAUGGUUCAAGGUGGUGAUGGUGAACCCGUUGCUCGUACGGAGGCUUCAACUGGGUCUCCAGCCGUUUUAAGAUCACCAUCUAAAACUUCAAGGCUGACGGGCUCCCCACACCAUCCUUCACUGGGACACAGGGGUUCUGAUUUUCUGCUUCAUAAGCUUGAAGAAGUUAAUAAAUCAGUGAAGAAAAUUGAGCUGCUUAUUGAGAAGUCCCCAGCCGCCCCAGGAAGCACAGCUAGCGGAGUUUGAUAUAUGCUUGAUCUCAACUACAUCACCGUGCUUAUAUGAACCAGAAAAAGUUUGCUUAUCGAGAAACUCUCAAGCAACACAGCUAUUGGUGGUUGAUUUGGACCUCAUUGGCUUUUCCUCGUAAGAGCUUAUAGGAUAUAUAUGCCCCAUUGUCUUCCCAACAGUUUUAUUCGAUGUUUAUAGCUAGUGGAACAUUUGAAACGUGAGCCUACAUCAAAGUUUUUUUGAUCAUUUCUGUACAUUUGCAGAGAGAGACUGAAUUAGAGGCCAAAGUUCAUCUAGUUUUAUUGCCUUCUUUUGUACAGAUUCUUAGACCAUUAUCAAAUGAAACCACCCGGAAUAUCGUAUUGAAGUA